CAAAUCUGAUUUUAACCAACCAAGAACCGACCAAGUCUGAGAAUCAGCAGAGAUGCGACACACUCUGCGAAUAACAUCCAAAAUUUUUCAAAUCAAACAAAUCAAAAUUCCAUCUUGAUUUGAGCGCAGGCAGCAGGAAUCAAUCCAUCAAUCAAGCGUGAUCGGCACAGCUCACCGAUAAGCAAGGAUUCAUCACUCAAGCAAAAUCACGCAGCGAUGGCGAAACGCUUUGGAUGUGGAUCUUUGGUGUCGUGGCUCCGCCGAAAAAUUGUGGACCCUCUUCACCAAAUCCUUCGCCGGGGAGCCGAGCCCAAGCAGCUCGCAUUCUCGGCUGCGCUGGGAAUCACUUUAGGGAUCUUCCCCAUCUGUGGGGUUACUGUGUUUCUAUGCGGGUUAGCUAUUGCGGUGCUUGGAUCCCAUUGCCAUGCUCCAACUGUAAUGCUGACUAACUUCAUGGCUACUCCGAUUGAGUUGAGUUUGAUGAUCCCCUUUCUACGAUUUGGUGAAUUCAUUACCGGUGGACCUCAUUUUGCUCUAACUUCGGAUGCUCUUAAGAAUGUCAUCACCGGACAAGCUUCAUGGGAAGUCCUGUAUAGCAUUUUCAACGCGCUGCUGGGAUGGUUUGUUGCUGCACCAUUUAUUUUAGGCGGCCUCUACGUGUUAUGCUUGCCAUGUUUCCGGAUGUUGGUUCACAGGUUUGCUGUCGUUCCUACAACCCCAAAAAAGCCACUCGGCUCAAUUGGGAGCCCAAGAAAGACUCCCAACUCCCCCCGUGAAGUCAGGCUAAAGGUCAGGACGUAUGAUUAAAGAAUCAACGGUACGCCAUCGCCAUCGCCAUUGGACACACCUUAGAUACAACUGUUUCAAAGCUUUUUUUGUACAGGCUGCUCUUCUAGCAUGUAAAUGUUGUACCCUAAAUUCUAUUUUUUUCUAGUUUCUUUGUCAUGUUUCUCUUACAAGGCAUCGUGAAUCAGACUUUCAAUUUAAUUUUUUUAAUCUCA